GUCGGUCAAUCAAUCUUACCCAGACGAGUAUUGGGUUUCUGUCCCUUUUUUUUUUUUUUGUUUGGUAUUCACAUCUCUCUACCACCAGCACCACCAUUAUCUCCACUACCGGGGAGUGGGGGAAGCACUGCUUUUUCUCUCUGUCUUUUCUGGAUUGUUCUUGCUUUGGUCUGUGCUCAAGCUUCUGCAUUUGCUGAGAGUUGAAAUGGCUCUCUGUACGCUCUCAUUUCCUGCCCAUUUUAGCCAGGCUGCUGCUUCAAAUCCUCAGAGACUUACUCCUCAGUGUUCCCAUUUGUUCUUGGGGGUGGAUUUGCAGUGCCAAUCCCAGCAAAGGAGUAAGGCCAGGAAAAGGCCAAAUGGGGUUUGUGCAUCACUUUCGGAUAGGGAGGAGUAUCAUUCCCAGAGACCACCAACUCCUCUCCUGGACACUAUCAAUUAUCCAAUUCACAUGAAAAAUCUGUCUGUCAAGGAGCUGAAACAACUCGCAGAUGAACUAAGGUCUGAUGUUGUCUUCAAUGUUUCCAAAACUGGGGGUCACUUGGGCUCCAGCCUCGGGGUUGUGGAGCUCACUGUGGCUCUUCAUUAUGUCUUCAAUGCCCCUCAAGACAGGAUACUAUGGGAUGUUGGUCAUCAGUCUUACCCACACAAAAUUCUAACUGGGAGAAGAGAUCAAAUGCAUACCAUGAGGCAAACAGAUGGGUUAGCGGGAUUCACCAAGCGCUCGGAGAGUGAAUAUGACUGCUUUGGAACCGGCCACAGUUCUACUACCAUCUCAGCAGGCUUGGGAAUGGCGGUCGGCCGGGAUCUAAAAGGAAAAAACAACAACGUUAUUGCUGUCAUAGGUGAUGGAGCCAUGACUGCAGGGCAAGCUUAUGAAGCAAUGAACAAUGCUGGGUACCUGGAUUCUGACAUGAUUGUUAUCCUUAAUGACAACAAGCAGGUUUCUUUACCCACUGCUACUCUAGAUGGGCCCAUACCACCUGUAGGAGCUUUGAGCAGUGCUCUUAGUAGGUUACAAUCAAACAGACCUCUUAGAGAAUUACGAGAGGUUGCCAAGGGCGUUACCAAACAGAUUGGCGGACCGAUGCAUGAAUUGGCUGCAAAAGUUGAUGAAUAUGCUCGUGGGAUGAUCAGUGGUUCUGGAUCAACACUUUUUGAAGAGCUUGGACUCUAUUAUAUAGGUCCUGUUGAUGGCCACAACAUAGAUGACCUUGUUGCCAUUCUCAAGGAGGUUAAGAGUACCAAGACAACAGGUCCAGUUCUGAUCCAUGUUGUCACAGAGAAAGGCCGCGGAUAUCCAUAUGCUGAGAAAGCUGCAGAUAAGUACCAUGGAGUGACCAAGUUCGAUCCUGCUACUGGAAAACAAUUCAAAUCCAGUGCUCCUACUCAGUCCUACACAACAUAUUUUGCAGAGGCUUUGAUUGCAGAAGCAGAGGUGGACAAGGAUAUUGUUGCAAUUCAUGCAGCAAUGGGGGGUGGAACGGGCUUGAAUCUCUUCCAUCGCCGGUUCCCCACACGAUGCUUUGAUGUUGGGAUAGCAGAACAGCAUGCUGUUACCUUUGCUGCUGGUCUAGCCUGUGAAGGCAUUAAACCUUUUUGUGCAAUCUACUCAUCUUUCAUGCAGAGAGCUUAUGACCAGGUGGUGCAUGAUGUAGAUUUGCAGAAGCUGCCAGUGAAAUUUGCAAUGGACAGAGCUGGGCUGGUUGGAGCAGAUGGCCCAACACAUUGCGGAGCUUUUGAUGUCACUUUCAUGGCUUGCCUUCCAAACAUGGUGGUGAUGGCUCCUGCUGAUGAGGCCGAGCUUUUUCACAUGGUGGCCACAGCUGCUGCCAUAGAUGACAGGCCCAGUUGUUUCCGGUACCCAAGAGGAAAUGGGGUGGGUGUUGAACUGCCACCAGGGAACAAAGGCAUUCCUAUUGAGGUUGGAAGGGGCCGAAUAUUGAUUGAGGGGGAGAGAGUUGCACUCUUGGGCUAUGGAACAGCAGUACAGAGCUGUUUGGUUGCGUCUUCUUUGCUGGAACAACAUGGCUUACGAAUAACAGUCGCAGAUGCCCGCUUCUGCAAACCAUUGGACCAUGCUCUUAUUCGUAGCCUAGCAAAAUCACAUGAAGUUUUGAUUACAGUAGAAGAAGGGUCAAUUGGUGGUUUUGGGUCUCAUGUUGCUCAGUUUUUGGCCCUUAAUGGUCUUCUUGAUGGCACAACAAAGUGGAGUCCCAUGGUUCUUCCUGACCGGUACAUAGACCAUGGAGCGCCAGCAGACCAGUUGGCCAUGGCGGGUCUGACACCAUCUCAUAUUGCAGCAACAGUAUUCAAUAUACUUGGACAAACAAGGGAGGCCCUGGAGAUCAUGUUAUAGACAGAUACAUCAGCUUUUCAUUCUCUCAACAUUGUACAAAUAUAAUAUGAACUCUCAGAAUUUAACCUUCUUCAAUAUAAAGAAAUUGUGUCAGCAAUAAGGCUUGAAAGUGCUUAAUAUAGAAAUUGAAUCUCCCUCA